CCCCGGACCCGAACACCCUACAGUCGGAUUGUAACACCAGGAAGUAAACGGUAGAUUGGAAAGGAUAUUGUAAACCGAUGGCUGUUUUUAGAUACGGUUUUUAUUGCCAGUUAAACUGUUGUCUAAGUAAAUAAUAACGUUGAUCUGACUGUUGCAUCGAAUUUCGCACCCACAAAUAAACUGUUAUUGGCGAUAGUACGUUUGGUCUAUGUAGUGUUAAUGUAUGUGCUGUUUGUUGUUGGCAACGAUAUCCCUAAAUCAAAGGUUGUUAUUUGAAGGUACAGCUGAUAAACCUUUUACGGUAAAUUAUACAGUAGGACCGACAUACUUGGUACUUUCAACAAUACGGACGUCCCCCUUCGCCUCCCUCUGGCUCAAGGGUUGCUGCGAAACAUUUGUCAGCCGAUCUCGUAAGUUUUAUUCUAUUUUAAAUAUGUGAAAAAUGUAGUUUUUGUAUUUCAUCUUUAUUUUCACUGUGUGUGUGAACUGUAGACUGUAGCUUUUUUACAAUGUUAUUACUCUCUUUACUACAAUCUAAUUACUUAAACUGCAGCCCUUCAACUGCAUAUAUUUUCCAUACCUGCAAGGACACAAUGGUGCCAGUAUUGUAGACAACAUUGAACCUUGAACCAGCGAGAGGCCACCUGAGUCAGCUGAGAGUUGGAGAUGCCUCUAUUCCGUGCCAUGAUGGAGCCCAGGGCUGAGAAACAGGUAGUGAGGAAGAGGAAGAUUAGAGGACGAGGAAGAUGGGAGGAGGAUGAUGGUCACCCUCCCCGACUGACCCAGCUUUGUCUGCGGAACUUGGCAGAGAACAUGAAGGAAGUGUGGGUCAAAGACUACACUGACAACUACAUGGAUCAGUACUCCUUCAGAUAUGUAAUGGGCCCCUUCAACCUGCUGCGUGAGUCUGUCACAGGAACUGGAAGGGAAUGUGUAUGUGUAUGUAUAUGCCGCCAUUUCUGGUCAUUUGUAAAUGUGCACAUGAUUAGUCCACUUGUUACUGGUAAAAGUGUGUGUGUCUGUGUGUCCCCUCUCUCUGUCUGUUUCUCUCUCUAGCGGCUGAGCUGGUAGAGGAGCUCCUGUCUGUCCUGUCCUCCAUGCGUGAGUUGUCCCGUGCGGCGCUGCACCUCCUGUUGAUCCCUCAGCUCAGAACCCUAUCUCUUGGGGGCUACUCUGCCCUGGUCACCCCCAGCCUCUGCACCCUCAUCGGGACUCGCUGCCAGGUUAGGACAGGCUUUGGUCCCCCUUAUAAUCUAUAGUACAGUGAGGGAAAAAAGUAUUUGAUCCCCUGCUGAUUUUGUACAUUUGCCCACUGACAAAGACAUGAUCAGUCUAUAAUUUUAAUGGUAGGUUUAUUUGAACAGUGAGAGACAGAAUAACAACAAAAACAUCCAGAAAAACGCAUGUCAAAAAUGUUAUAAAUUGAUUUGCAUUUUAAUGAGGGAAAUAAGUAUUUGACCUCUCUGCAAAACAUGACUUAGUACUUGGUGGCAAAACCCUUGUUGGCAAUCACAGAGGUCAGACGUUUCUUGUAGUUGGCCACCAGGUUUGCACACAUCUCAGGGGGGAUUUUGUCCCACUCCUCUUUGCAGAUCUUCUCCAAGUCAUUAAGGUUUCGAGGCUGACGUUUGGCAACUCGAACCUUCAGCUCCCUCCACAGUUUUUCUAUGGGAUUAAGGUCUGGAGACUGGCUAGGCCACUCCAGGACCUUAAUGUGCUUCUUCUUGAGCCACUCCUUUGUUGCCUUGGCCGUGUGUUUUGGGUCAUUGUCAUGCUGGAAUACCCAUCCACGACCCAUUUUCAAUGCCCUGGCUGAGGGAAGGAGGUUCUCACCCAAGAUUUGACGGUACAUGGCCCCGUCCAUCGUCCCUUUGAUACAGUGAAGUUGUCCUGUCCCCUUAGCAGAAAAACACCCCCAAAGCAUAAUGUUUCCACCUCCAUGUUUGACAGUGGGGAUGGUGUUCUUGGGGUCAUAGGCAGCAUUCCUCCUCCUCCAAACACGGCGAGUUGAGUUGAUGCCAAAGAGCUCCAUUUUGGUCUCAUCUGACCACAACACUUUCACCCAGUUCUCCUCUGAAUCAUUCAGAUGUUCAUUGGAAAACUUCAGAUGGGCCUGUAUAUGUGCUUUCUUGAGCAGGGGGACCUUGCGGGCGCUGCAGGAUUUCAGUCCUUCACGGCGUAGUGUGUUACCAAUUGUUUUCUUGGUGACUAUGGUCCCAGCUGCCUUAAGAUCAUUGACAAGAUCCUCCUGUGUAGUUCUGGGCUGAUUCCUCACCGUUCUCAUGAUCAUUGCAACUCCACCAGGUGAGAUCUUGCAUGGAGCCCCAGGCCGAGGGAGAUUGACAGUUCUGUUGUGUUUCUUCCAUUUGCGAAUAAUCGCACCAACUGUUGUCACCUUCUCACCAAGCUGCUUGGCGAUGGUCUUGUAGCCCAUUCCAGCGUUGUGUAGGUCUACAAUCUUGUCCCUGACAUCCUUGGAGAGCUCUUUGGUCUUGGCCUGGUGGAGAGUUUGGAAUCUGAUUGAUUGAUUGCUUCUGUGGACAGGUGUCUUUUAUACAGGUAACAAGCUGAGAUUAGGAGCACUCCCUUUAAGAGUGUGCUCCUAAUCUCAGCUCGUUACCUGUAUAAAAGACACCUGUGAGCCAGAAAUCUUUCUGAUUGAGAGGGGGUCAAAUACUUAUUUCCCUCAUUAAAAUGCAAAUCAAUUUAUAAACAUUUUUACAUGCAUUUUUCAUGAUUUUUUUGUUGUUAUUCUGUCUCUCACUGUUCAAAUAAACCUAACCAUAAAAAUUAUAGACUGAUCAUUUCUUUGUCAGUGGGUAAACGUACAAAAUCAGCAGGGGAUCAAAUACUUUUUUCCCUCACUGAAUGUGUUAUGUAUGUGUUACAGUGAGCUCCAAAAGUAUUGGGACAGUGACACAUUUCUUGUUAUUUUGGCUCUGUACUCCAGCACUUUGGAUUUGAAAUGAUAUAAUGACUAUGAAGUUAAAGUACAGACUGACAGCUAUAAUUUGAGGGUAUUUUCAUCCAUAUUGUGUGAACCGUUUAGAAACGACAGCACUUUUUGAACAUAGUCCCCCCAUUUUAGGUGACCAAAAGUAUUGGAACAAAUUAACUUGUGUGUAUUAAAGUAGUCAAAAGUUUAGUAUUUGGUCCCAUAUUCCUAGAACGCAAUGAUUACAUCAAGCUUGUGACUAGAAACUUGUUGGAUGCAUUUGCUGUUUGUUUUGGUUGUGUUUCAGAAUAAUUUGUGCUCAAUACAAAUUCAUUGUAAAUAAUCUAUUGUGUUAUUUUGGAGUCACUUUUAUUGUAAAUAAGAAUAGAAUAUGUAGCAACACUUCUACAUUAAUGUGGAUGCUACCAUGAUUAUGGAUAAUCCUGAAUGAAUUGUAAAGAAUGAUGAGUGAGAAAGUUAGAUGCACAAAUAUGAUAACCUCUCACCAUUACAGUAACAGGGGAGGUUAGCAUUUAUGGGGGGGUAUGACAUUUAUGCCUCUAACUUUCUCACUCAUCGUCACUCAGUGCUGGAGUACAGAGCCAAAACAACAAUAAAUGUGUCACUGUCCCAAUAAUUUUUGGAGCUCACUGUAUGUAUGGGUUCUCACUAUCUCCCUCAGAGCCUGCACUCCAUGGACCUCUCUGGAGCCCAGCAGGUGUCUGCCCAUGUCCAGUGUGACCUGCUGGGUUGUCUGCCUUCCCUGCGCUCCCUCUCUCUAGCUGGCACCCCUUGUGACAGACAGGUUGUGGCGGUGGUCGCCCGCCACUGCCCCGCGCUGCGCCACCUCGACGUGUCCCGCUGCCGCUUCCUGCCCCCCGAGGGCCUUCUCUGCCUGGGGGGUUCCUCCUACGCCCCUCCACCCCCCCUCGGCAGCCUGUUGGCUCUGGAUGGGGGCUUUGGGGAGGGGGACGGGGUGGCUGCCGUGGCCUUCCUCCUGCUCUCCCUGCCCUGGCUGGAGAGAGUGGCAAUGGAGGGCCUGGGGGAGGCCUGUGGCCUCAUACACAGCAGGGAGUUCGGAGGGACUGAGGAGCUCACGACCAGAGAGGGGCUGCCCAGUCUCUGGGAGGUGUGGAGGGAGAGGAGGCAGAGUGGGAGGGCCACAGACACAGGCCAGAUAUCAGGAGCAGAUGUGGAGGAAAUUGAAGAGGAGGAAAACGACAACCGUUUCUCAUGGGCGAGUGAGAGUGAGAGUGAGGAUGAGGGUACAGGUGAGGAGACAAUGGGAGAUGGAGGUGGAAGAAGUGAUGCCCAGAUGAGGACAAGGAAGGAAAUAGAAGAAGACAGUGUUGAGAAAGGAAGAGAAGAGGGAGUGGGGGGGGCAGGGGGUGAGGGCUUUACCUUACGUCUAAGGGAGGCGCAGGGCAUGUCUGGUGGGACUCUGGAAGCUGUAAGUCAGCUUUGCCCCGAGCUGCGCUCUAUAUCACUGGACUGUGAGGAGGACGGGCCUAGCCAGGGGUCUUGUCUGGCUGCAGGCCUAGCCAGGUGGGCGGGCCAGCUGAGGGUACUCUCUGUGCGCUUCCCGGGGCCCCUGGAUGAGCUGCUGCCUGCCCUGCGUGCUAUGAAGGGCUUCCUGGUUUCUCUCACCCUGGAGGGGGUCAGAACCAGCUCUCACACACCCGUGCUGGAGCUCCUCCAUGCCUGUCCCAGGCUGAGGAGCCUCGUCGUCCACGCUGAGCCUCCUUUAGCCCCCCAGGAGGAAGAAGAGGAUGAGGAAGAGGACAGGGAUCUACCCUGCCUACCCCAAUUGUGCUCUCUCUCCCUAAAGUAGGUAAACUGCUGCACUGUCAAGAGGUAUGACUCAAAGGGUCACAUGCCAACUGGGAAUCCCCAGUCAUUUUCUAUGCAGGUCCUGUCUUUGAGAGUGGGUCAUGUGAUCCCCUGUACCUUCUGGGUAUCUGUAUUUAGUGUUGCACCAGGAUGUAAGCCCCCCCCCCCCACACACAUACACACACCAUGGUGUUGACUGCACCAUUGUGUAAGUUUCUGUAUAUCCCUUCCCGUUGAAGUUGUGUGAUAUCCUGUUCAGUGCUCAUCUGUCUCUGUCUCUGUCUCCUCCAGCUUCUCCUUUGACCAGCGCCAGAUGAAGACCGUCAUGUCCUGGAGGUCUCUGAGGGGGGCGCUAUGGUGCCUACUGUCCGGCUCUCCCCUCCUGGAGAGGGUCUCUCUGGUGGCAGUGCCCUGUCCGCUGGAGCCUGUGUUCCAGAAGCUUCUGAAGCGCCCCGCCACCCGACCCCACAGUCCUCCACUACAACAACUAUGCCACCUCAGCCUUGUCCGCAGUGACAUUUCCAUCGAGACGGCGUUGGGCCUGAUGACCGCCAACAGGCGUCUGAGCAGCCUGGACCUGAGCGGCUGCUGGGCAGUGAGCCUGGACAACAUGAGGCAGUUACAGAGGACAGCCACCAGGAGACGACAUAUCACUAUCACCUGGACAUGAUGUGCUUUACAUCUGACAACAGGCUACCAGGCCGGGGCACCCGCAUUCACACAUACUGGAUGUUUGGGGCAAAUCCAACACAGAGUCCCACUCUUGAUAUUUUCAAACAUGGUGGUGGCUGCAUCAUGUUAUUUGUAUG